UAAAGAAAUAAAACAGAAAAUCCUAGCAUACUGCUUUUCAGUUCAAGAUGGAGAAGAUACCCAUCAAUUAUUGUUCUUACCGGGACUUAGCUACUGUUCCUGGUGUUGGCGACGCUCUAGCAACUACAAUCGUAGAUUUGCGGAGUGCCCAUGGUGACAUCACACCGGAAAUGCUCAUGUCAGUUCCAGGUGUGCGGAGCAUGCCAGACAUUAUGAGGAUGUUUGACUUCAAGUCCUACAUUCCUUUCUCGGAGGGAAGUCACCCAGUCAACUUGGCGUUCCCGAAGUCCAGGUUCAGACGGGUGCCUCAGGCAACGGCUUCUGCUCCCAGUCAGAUGUCAUCCUUUCAAGAUGCAUGGAGCGGCCUUCAGGGCGGGACUCAAAAGUUGGAUCCCUUGAUGUCGAGGUUUCUGGAGUCGCCAUAUCCCUUCGACAGUUAUCCUCCGCACCCGCCAAGUCCAUAUGCGUACUCAGCACAUCCACGGGAGGCACAUCGCUUGCGUGAAGAGGUGCCACCAGUUCCCUUUGGUCAGGAUGCCGCCGCCACUUGGUCGGGUAACACGGCAGUUUCACGCAUAAAAAAGUACGCCCUCUGUUGGCGAGAUGGAGUUAGUGGUUAUACCACGUGA